GCGAUAAGCUUAGGUUCUCCACUCGUCAGCUCUCUGUACACCAGCAGGCUCAGCCACAACCGCGCAUUCUCUACGAUGGCCGAUCGCUCAUCUGAACAAGUAGUAUUCAACAAGCCGAAGGUUGAGCUGCAUGUGCACCUGGAUGGAGCCAUCAGGGUUCAGACUAUUGUGGAUGUUGCCAAGAGGCGUGGUAUACAUCUGCCUGCGGAUAAUGCGGAGGAGAUGAAGCAGAGGAUCAUUGUUGAAGAGCCUGGCACCCUCACUAGUUUCUUGGAAAAGUUCAACGAGUAUAUGCACGUAAUUGCUGGAGACCGAGAGGCCAUUAAAAGGAUAGCCCGUGAGUUUGUUGAAGACAAAGCCAACGAAGGAGUGAUUUAUGUUGAAGUUAGAUACAGCCCACAUCUUCUAGCUAACAGUGGAGUGGAGCCAAUUCCAUGGAACCAGGAAGAGGGUGACUUGAGCCCAGAUGAGGUGGUGAGACUGGUUAACGAGGGCCUCAGCGAGGGGGAGAGAAAGUUCAAAAUCAAAGCCAGGUCCAUUCUAUGCUGCAUGCGCCACAUGCCAAGCUGGUCAAUGGAUGUUGUGGAGCUGUGUAAGAAAUAUAAGGAUAAGGGAGUGGUUGCCAUUGAUUUGGCAGGUGAUGAGUCUCUCAACUGUGAAGCCAAUCCAGAACACAGGAGGGCCUAUGAGGAAGCGGUACACUGUGGGAUCCACAGGACAGUUCAUGCUGGCGAGGUGGGGCCGGCCUCUGUGGUGAAGGAGGCUGUGGAAGUACUGAAAGCCGAACGUAUUGGACAUGGUUACAACACUCUGGAGGACAGGGACCUGUACGAAAAACUGCUGGCUCAAAAGAUGCACUUUGAGACGUGUCCUAUUUCAAGUAAGCUAACAGGUGCCUGCGACGCAGACUUCACCAUACACCCCGUCAUCACGUUCAUGAAAGACCAAGCUAACUACUCUCUGAACACAGAUGACCCUCUGAUCUUUAACUCCAACCUGCAUCACGACUACAACACAGCACACCAACACAUGGGAUUCACCGAGGAGGAAUUCAAACGACUGAACAUUUGCUCUGCACAGUCAAGCUUUCUACCUGCCAAGGAAAAGGAAGAGCUAGUUAAAACACUCAGUGAGGCCUAUGAGAUGAUCCAGAGCACUGCCUUUUAACCCUGAACAGCAAUUCUGAGGAGAAACCUAAAGCAGGGACAAAUCACUCUGAGACCUUAAUCUUCCAUGUGAUGCAGUGGAACAUGUUUUUAGUCAUUUGUAACCCAACAAACAACAUACACAUAGAAUAUUACAUCAGAUAUGCUGUUUACCAAUGGGUAGCAUCCUUCAUCUUACAUAACUGUGUAUAAUCUGUUUGUGUAUUUAUCAACAUUGCAUCUGAUUACAAGGUGCAAGCAAAAAGUUCUGGGACUCAGUCCACAAAAAUCAGAAACUAUACACAAUUUAAAUUUGGCUGCGCUUUUAAAAAAAAUAUUCGUGCACAUCUCUAGAUCUCUUCCAGCACGCUGCUAUUUUUAUAUUGUUCCAUAGAAGGCCCAUUGUGUAUGCUUGUGACUUUCACCACAGACCUCCAAAAGAGAGAAAACAUCAGCUGUGAUGGCACACGUGGCGUUAAAGGCACAGAAGAUAUUUUUUUAACAUAAAACACACAAAACCUUCACUCAAAACCAGCCCUGGUUACCAGAAUCGGCUCUCUGCGACUUCAUCUGCCUCGUCAAAAUGAAAAUCUAAUUGAAGGUGCCUGAGCUAACUCUAAAAUGACAGUGGGCGUUUAUCAAUAUGCGUACUUGUGCGUACUUGCGUUCUCGUGUACUCGUGAUACGUCAUCAGUCGGAGACCAAGUACUGUUCCAAUUCGAAGUACGCAUCACGCCGAGAACGCGAAAAAGUC